AUGGCCAGUCGCCAAUCGAGGUUAGAGGCAGAGAAACUUGCCAUCAUACAAAAUUCCAUGACGAGAGGAAGAUCUUUGUCCCCUGGAGCCGCAACCAGUAGUGGCGGUAGAGGUUCCUUCAAGAGCCGCUCACCCUCCGUUUCAAGAGAGGAUUAUAAUGGUAGAUUGAAGUGGUCAAUUACAAAUCAUGACCCCCUGGAACGAAUUCAAAGGGAAGGGGAACUGGGUGAGUCGCCUUCAUGGGAGGAUGAAGUAAGUGAGGAGGAACAUAUUAGUGACGAUGAUAACAAUGAAAAAUUUCAAUAUGAUGACACCGGUAAUAUCUUGCCGAAUUAUGCUUGCCAAGACGAAAUGAUCAACGAGGUUAGCUCAAUUUUGGAAAACUCUAACUUGAAUGAUAGGUCUACCGUGAAAAAGUUGGAAGAGUUGACUGCUAAUGAACGGGCUCUUGCGGCUGCAAAGAAUGCUGGUACAAAAAUAGACCCGGAUAUAUUGAAUAGAUUAGCGAGCGACAAGCACAAGCUUACAGGACUGGAACUGUUGAAUUUGAUGCAAGCUGACCAGGAUGCCGAAUCGAGGAGACAAAAAUUGGAGAAUUAUCAAGCUUAUAGGAAGAAAAUUAUUGAACAAGAGAAUGGCAACGGAAAUGGCAAUGGUCAUGAUAUGAGUGCUGCUGCCGAAGGAGGCCCCAAACUGCAAUCAGAGACUGGCAAAGAUGGCAAAGACGGCCUGCCUAGUGAAGAAUUCAUGGUCCCUUACACAUCAGCUGUGGAGGAUAAACUUGAUAGCGAGUUUGCUUCACAAUUGAACGAAACUAUUCGUGAAGGGGAGAUUGACUCCAAUAAAGCACAUUCAAGAGUUAUACAAACGAUUACCAGAGGAAAUUUUUUCCAGUUGGUGAAUCCCAAAGUGAAGCCUAAAAUGUUUUUGUUGUGCAUGGACUUCUCUCCCGAGUCGAUAUUCGCACUUGAGUGGUCUUUGGGAACAGUCUUGGUUGACGGGUCUGUGUUAUUCAUUAUUUGUGUUAUUGAAGACAAUGACCCAAACCACCAUUUAAAAAGCAACACUUCUAAUGAGAAUCAACGUGAACAACAACGUCUCAACAUGUUGAACAGAGCUAGACAGCAAGUUCUCAAUUUGUUAAAACUAACAAAGCUUCAAAUCCACGUCGUUAUCGAAAUUGUUCAUCAUCCUAUACCAAGACAUUUGAUUUUGGAGUUUAUCGAUAAUUUGAAACCAACCUUAGUUGUUGUUGGAUCAAAGGGACAAAGUGCUAUAAAGGGUGUAUUACUCGGUUCAUUGUCCAACUACCUUGUCACAAAGUCAACUGUUCCUGUCAUGGUGGUGCGUGAGAAAUUGAAGAAGAUUAAUAGGUUUAAAUCUGGUUCAUCCGUAUUUUCCAAUAAUAUUAAGCCAUUGACUUUGUCUGAGGCUAGAAUUGAUUGA